AUGACCACGACGACAACCCAGCUCGUGCAGCCAGGAAUGGUCCAAGAACGUCCAGCCAAGCAACGCACUGCGUUAUCUAUCACCGAGCUUCAACCAUCGACGUUCACACAACGAGCACUCAUUGUCAACCAUGAAAGGAAAUACGAACUGCAGGACAACUUUACAACGCCGGCUUACCUAUCGGAACACGAAGUCAAGAUCCGGACUUGCGCAGUCGGCCUGAACCAAAUAGACUACAAGUCGGUGGACUACAACUUCUGCCUCCCACAGUUGCCUUGGAUCACGGGGCGUGAGAUGGCUGGCGUGGUCGAAGAAGUUGGCUCAGCGGUACAACACCUAGAACCUGGCCACAGAGUAUGGACAUCGACAUAUUACCGUGAUCGUCGGGCAGGCUGCUUUCAAGAGUCCGUCAUUGUUCCGCAGCACACAGUCUCGCUCAUGUCGUCAGAAACGUCCUUCACAUCCGCAGCAUGUCUAGGUGUAUGUGGACUGACGGCAGCCAUGACACUGUGGAGAUGGUUCGAGGUUCCCUUGCCCUACGGAACCCCAUUUACGCCACCGACAACCCCUCAGUCCAAACCAGCAGAUAUGCCUCUGAUGCUCAUCUGGGGAGGAUCGUCGGUUACGGGUCAGUUCCUGACGCAGCUAGCCAAGCGCAGUGGCUUGCGAGUGAUCUCCGUCAACUCUGCAAAGACCGCACAGGCGCUCAAAGAUCUGGGCGCUGAGCACGUCGUUGCCCGCGACGGGAGAUCCAACGAAGAAAUAAUAGACGAGGUGAAGAGAAUCGCCGGUGACGAUAUCACUAUGGGUGUCGACCUUGUUGGGGCCAGUACAGCGCUUGCUACUUUGCAGUGUCUAUCGACCUCACAUCCGGCUCGCUUCGCCCCACUGGCUUGGGCACCCAAGGUUGAGGUGGCCGACAACAUCGAGGUGCUCAACGUAGAGAUGAAGCAGUUUGUCUUGAACCCAACGUCCGCCAUCUACUCGGAACAACUGACUAGACUGGUCGAGUCUGGCGAAAUCCGUCUCCCCGAAAUCGAAGUCCUAGGCGGUGGAUUGAAGGCAGUCGAGGAAGGCCUUGAAAGGCUGAAGCGUGGCGACAUGGCUGGCAAGAAGCUCAUCGUCGAUAUGCAAAGCUGA